AUGUUGUCCAACGUGCGACUACCGGUGCGACCCAAUAACGCCCGUGGGCAGGACACCUGCUUGGCGUCGCCCGUGCUCCGGUCGCCCGACCUCGUUGCGAUCAUUGUCGCAUAUCAAGAAGGACUACCCGAAGACUUGACCGUCGUCCAGCGCUUCGCCGAUGCCGUCAACCUCACAAGGUUCUCCAUCCAGGACCUUCCAGGCGCAUACCUCGCCCACGUCCCAGCUCGGUUUGCAUUCUUGCCGUACCUCCAGCGCUACGCACACCCGAUGACCAAGCUACCUCAUCACGCGCUCUUUGUCUCGCCGAGCGUCUACGACCGAGCCCUCGCGCUCCAUCUAACGAUCGUCGAAGGUGACGUGGCGCUCGUCCAGCGUUGGCUGCGAUGGGAUGCCUCGCUGUGUACCUCGGCGACGCUGGAGCUUGCUGCUGCCGCGUCCCAAGGUCCGAUUCUGCGUCUUCUUUUCGAGCAGUUUCCUGCGCUGGCCACGCCCAAGAUGAUGGACCUUGUCGCCAUGUCGGGCGACCUCCCGCUGCUCGUGUGGCUUCACGAGGCGGGUGCUGCGUGCACCACUGACGCGAUGGACGGCGCAGCCAUGAACGGUCACUAUGACAUCGUCCAUUUUUUGCACUCUGCACGGACCGAGGGCUGCACGAUCACGGCGGCAACGGCAGCAACCGUCCACGGUCACGCGUCGAUCGUUCACUUUCUUCUCGAGCAGCGCACCGAAGGCGUUGACCCGUCGCUUCAAUUUAAACGACCACAUCACGAGCUCAAGACGCACAGUGUACGCGGCGAGACGCACAUUGAGGCCGUCGAUCUCGUCGCAGCGACUGUCGAGUUGACGGACCACGCUUUCAAUAUGAUCGUGGACAAGGGUGGUCUCGCAGUCCUUCGACAUGUCUACGCGCGUGGGUACCUCAAGCGAAUGACCAAGCAAUUGCUGGAGCUAGCAGUCGCCAAGCAAGACCACGAAAUGCUGCGGUAUAUCCUCGCCUGUAUCGAUCAAGAGCACCCGCGACAACCCAGCGACGAUGAGUGGCUGCCAACGGACACGCCAGACAAGACCUUCUCAUUCAGUCGAAUGGUUAACGACCCGAGUCCAUUCGGCCAUUGGGAGCACUGCAACGUGAUGGAGCUCGCGGCCUUGAACGGCGAUAUGACGUCGCUGGAGCUCUUGCACGCGAGCCGCCUUCGCGUCGGGUCGGAGCAAGCUAUCGUCUUUGCCGCCUACGGUGGUCACUUGAACGUGCUCGACUGGCUGCACAAGAACCGACGCGAUGGGUGUGGCGAAGACGCCAUGGCGCUUGCUGCAGCCCGCGGUCACUUUGACGCUGUGCGCUGGCUCCACGAAGUCUACGGGCUGUGUCGAACCCACGCCGCCUUGGCGACGGCAGCCUACAUUGGCCACAUGGCGAUGGUGACGUACCUCUUGGACGUGCCGACGGGUGACUCGGGACUCCAGGGCGACGCCAGGGUAUGCCCGGAUCGGCGCUGCACGUUGCCGUUGCCUCGGCAAGAUGACCUUGGCACUCCAAGUGGCGACUACGUCACGGGGUCGCCGACGUACUGGGCAGCGAGCCAAGGCCACCUCGAAAUCCUGGAGCUGCUUGUUGCCCGCGGCCAUGCCCUACCGUCAAAUGCAAUCAAUCAAGCCGUGGCGGAUGGUCAUUUACGCAUCGUGCGCUACCUCCACGAGGGUUUCGGCCAGCGUCCUACCGGCCACCAACCCACGUUAUCUGCUGUUCGGAAGCGCCAUGUCGACGUGACGAGCACACAUGCGAUCUGA